CGGUUCAACUGAUUAACUCGACACAAAUAAAAAUGGUGGUUCAAUAGAUUAGAUUUCUCCGAACAUUUACUAAAUUGAAUUAAUCUACAAACGUAGUAAUCAAUAAUUAGGGAGUAAAGUACGUUUCAAAGCUUUUGGGAUCAUAAUUCGGUGCGUUUAAAAGGUGCAAUAACGAGAGUUGUGUUUGGCAAAUAACAGGUUGUUGAAGACACCGAUUUCGCUACAGUUUUGUGUUUAAUGUGUUGUUUUUUGCCUAAAGCAAGUGCGUUUACAGCUACUAUUGGAUUGUGGUCAUAAAAGCGGAUAACGCGACGGCCGUGAACUAAGCCGAAAACGACAAAGCUUGGAAUAUUUCAGUGAAGCUUGGAUGUCCAAUCAGCAUGUGACCCAAAUCUGAGAUUUCUCCUCUUUGUGUUCGUCUACAGAGCUUAUGUUUUGAUUUCAAUAACUCAAUAUUUGAAGCAGAGUUAUUUCAUCGACCAUUUAAGGAAAUAAAAAUCAGUUGAAUAUGCAUAACACAUUGGAGUUUGUGAAGUCAAUAAUGAGAAGAGGGAAUGUGGAUAAAGUCAUAGAAGAUUGAUUUAAAAAGAAGUGGAACAAUGUCAUACAAUGGCUCAUACUGAAAAUCACAGAUACAUAGUGCAGGUGUUUGUGGGGGCACUCUCUGCACAGUAUGAAGCUUUAUCAGUGGAAGCCUCCAAGCAGACCAGCUCCGAAGAAAUAGUUAGCUGCAUUGCUGAUAAGCUAAACUUGAACAAUGGAUCUGGAGGACCUUACGAGUUGGCCGAGGUUGUUGGCGACAUGGUCAGCGGCGAAUGCAAAGAGAGAAGACUCGGGCCUAAUGAAUCGCCGGUCGCUGUCAUGUUGCUGUGGCCGAACAACAACUCUGGCCAGUAUUACAGGUUCUACCUUCGCGAAAAAAUACCCGAAGAGCCAUGGAUGGAGAACUUUUCGGUGGAUCCCCAGCUGAUCAAGGACUUCUUCCAGAGGUUUCUGUAUCAGCCGAAGGACCGCGAGUACCCGGACCUGUGCCAGCUGCCCGAGCUCAAUGAGCAGACCUUGCUGGAUAACUUGCGUGCAAGGUUCGCGGCCGGCUACAUCUACACAUACGUCGGCUCCAUCCUGAUAGCCCUCAACCCCUUCAAGUUCUAUCCCAUCUACAACCCGAAGUAUGUCAAGUUGUACCAGAACAAAAGGAUCGGCUCCAGUCUACCGCCUCACAUCUUCGCGGUCGCCGACGCCGCGUACCACUGUAUGCUGCGGGAACGAACGAAUCAGUGUAUAGUGAUCAGUGGGGAAAGUGGUUCGGGAAAGACGGAGAGCACGAACUUUCUUCUGCACCACUUGACCGCCCUCAGCCAGAAGGGAUCGCACGGCAGCGGCGUCGAACAGACGAUACUGAGCGCGGGCCCAGUUCUGGAAGCGUUCGGUAACGCAAAAACCGCCCAUAACAACAAUUCGAGCCGUUUCGGGAAGUUUAUACAAGUGAAUUACAAGGAAAACGGUAUGGUCCACGGUGCAGUCGUGCAAAAAUAUCUACUGGAAAAAUCUAGAAUAUGCAGUCAGGGUCGUAACGAGAGGAACUAUCACGUGUUCUAUUAUUUAUUAGCCGGUGCGUCGGAGCAAGAGAAGGAACAGUUGCAUUUGCUUAGUGUUGACAAAUACAAUUAUUUAUCGAGGACUGGGUGUAGUGUAGUGCCGGGAGUGGACGAGCAGUAUGAGUUCUCGCGCCUCAAGCAGUCAAUGGACAUGGUGGGCUUCACCAUGGACAAACGGCGGAGGCUGUUUGCUGUUUUAUCUGCUGUGCUCCUAUUAGGUAACGUGGAGUUCCAGCCACAACGAAAAUCAUAUCAUCACGACGAGGCGGUCGGAGUUAGGAACCCUGAGGUGGUGUCACUCAUAUCAUCCCUCCUUCACGUGAAACAGGAGACCCUUCUAGCGGCGCUUACCUCCAAACGCGCCCGGGCUUCAGGGGAAACACUCGUCAUUAACUAUAGACUGCCCGAAGCCAUAGCGACACGCGAUGCCAUGGCGAAGUGCUUAUACGGUGCUCUGUUCGACUGGAUCGUGAUGCAGGUCAACCACGCGCUGCUCUCAAAAAAGGACACACUGAGGGAGCAUCAGGGACAUAGCAUAGGCGUCCUCGACAUAUUCGGGUUCGAGGACUUCGGUCCGUCGAACAGCUUCGAGCAGUUAUGCAUCAACUACGCCAACGAGCACCUGCAGUACUACUUCAACCAGCACGUGUUCAAGUACGAACAGGAGGAGUACCGUCGCGAGGGCAUCCGCUGGACCGACAUCGGCUUCUCCGACAACACCGGCUGCCUGCAGCUCAUCGAGGGCAAGCCCAGCGGCCUGCUGUGCGUCCUGGACGACCAGUGCAUCCGCUGGACCGACAUCGGCUUCUCCGACAACACCGGCUGCCUGCAGCUCAUCGAGGGCAAGCCCAGCGGCCUGCUGUGCGUCCUGGACGACCAGUGCAAUUUCCCGUGGGCCACAAAUGAGACGCUACUGCAAAAGUUCAACUCUGUGCACGAGGACAAUCCAUUUUACGAGAAACCUCAGAGGCGUGAACCAGCGUUUGUGGUGCGGCAUUAUGCUGGCAGGGUAAAAUAUCAGGUGACGGUGAUGCGAGAGAAGAACUUAGAUCUGAUGCGGCAGGACAUCGUAAGCGUUUUGAAAAAUUCCUCGCUGGCGUUUGUUCGGGAACUAGUGGGUGUGGACCCCGUCGCCGUCUUCCGCUGGGCCAUUGUGCGAGCGUUUUUCAGAGGGUACUUUGCGUUCCUAGACGCGGGUAGAAAGCACCGCGUGCAUCGAGCCGACGGCGCUUCGCGAGUCCCGCGCGCGUCCAUACACGCGCCCAACGAUUCCAUCCUCAGAACGCCGCACAGGGCGCCGGCUAGGCCGCGCGAGACGCCGCCGCGGCCGCUCGAUAGCAAGCGGCCGGACGCGCGCGCCGACCACAAACAUUACAGGGGCGGCGCGCGCCGCUUCGACGAUACCGACGUCAUGCAGCGCGCCAGCCAGAUCGUCAUGAAAAAUAAGUCGUUCAGGCCUCGGGAACGCGCGAAGAAAGGCCUGAAGAACUUGCAAAGCGUCAAGACGCUAGCGGGUCGUACCGCCGCGCCCACCGGCAAGCGGAAACAACCGCUCACUGUGGGGGCACAGUUCCAACACUCGCUUGCUGCGUUAAUGGAGACUCUGAACCAGGCCAAUCCGUUCUUUAUCAGAUGUAUAAAGUCGAACAGCGACAAAAUCCCGAACGUGUUCGACGAGGAAACGGUCCAGAGGCAGUUACGGUACACCGGAAUGUUGGAGACAGUGCGCAUCCGUCAAGCCGGCUACAACGUGCGUCUUACGUACGAGGAGUUCAUCCAGCUGUACCGCAUCCUGCUGCCCAAGGGGCUGCUCAGCUCGCAGGCCGACGUCAGGCACUUCCUCGCCACGCUCAACCUGGACCGCGACAACUACCAGCUGGGUGAGUGUGACGUCACAGCCGCCGGGCCGGCUGCAAGCGCCUCACGUGCGAGGAGUUCAUCCAGCUGUACCGCAUCCUGCUGCCCAAGGGGCUGCUCAGCUCGCAGGCCGACCCGCCGGGCCGGCUGCAAGCGCCUCACGUGCGAGGAGUUCAUCCAGCUGUACCGCAUCCUGCUGCCCAAGGGGCUGCUCAGCUCGCAGGCCGACGUCAGGCACUUCCUCGCCACGCUCAACCUGGACCGCGACAACUACCAGCUGGGUGACCGCCGGGCCGGCUGCAAGCGCCUCACGUGCGAGGAGUUCAUCCAGCUGUACCGCAUCCUGCUGCCCAAGGGGCUGCUCAGCUCGCAGGCCGACGUCAGGCACUUCCUCGCCACUCUCAACCUGGACCGCGACAACUACCAGCUGGGUGCAACAAAAAUCUUCAUGCGCGAAAGCGAGCAAACGAAGCUGGAAUACCGGCUGCACCAGCAGAUCAUGGCGUCAAUCAUUACCAUCCAGCGCUGGUUCCGCGCCGUGCUCGAGCGCCGCCGCUUCCUCGCGCUGCGGCGCGCCUCGCUCGUCAUACAGACCUAUUGCAGGCAAUGGCUGAUCAUCCGUCAAGAAGCAGCCAUCAAACUGCAAUCAUGGUUCCGCGGCAGUCGCGUGCGGCGAUGGUACCAGCGUCUUCGAGGCGGCGUCGUGGCCUUCCAAGCGGCCGUCCGAGGGUACCUGCUCAGGAAAACUCUGCCCGAGUUGAGGAGGAAACUGCCGCCGCCCACGCAUGACAAUACGCAGGCGUACAAGGCGAAACUGAAAGUCGACCCUGAAUGUGACAUCCUCAGCCUGGAGCAAAUCAAAGACAUCAUUGGUAUUCAUGUGCGGCGAAACAUGGACAGCGUAGAAAAGGCUAGGCAACUGAGGGCGACACAAUCUUUGCCGAUUGCGAGUUGGGAGAAAAAAGUUGAGGACAUAUUAUUAGAAAUCACGGAUGAAGAUUCGUAUAGCAAGAAGAAACUUUAUAAAACGCAAAACGUUAAUGAAAUACCUUUGAAGCAAGCCAGUACGAGCAUCGGCCAACAAGAACCCAGCGAAUCGUCACCCGAAGACAACUGGUGUGUAAACCAAUCCAAGUACCCUCAAAGCGGCAUCGCACUCCCGAAGAAAAUCACGGCUGAAGACCUAGCCAAUGAGUGGUUGUGGCUUAGGAUAGACCAAAGCUAUCUACAGGGCAAAAAUAAGAUAAGGGAAAGAGAAUUGGAAGAACUAAUGGAAUCCAUGGCUAGUGGGAGCGAGGAGUACCUAUCGGAGUGCAUAGACAGGUGGAGCUCUGCAGAUAACUCUGACAGUACGAAAAAUAACGACUCAAGACGCGGCUCUCCAGUCGUAUACCACCGGAGCAUAUCAAGCAGCACGCUAGAAGCGGGUCGAGCGCUGCACUCGCUGCCGCCCGUGCGACGACAUCCCGCGAGACACCACGAUGCACCUGACCCUGCCGCGCCGCCCGCGCCCGCUCCUGUGCCCGCCGUCGCCGUCGCUGCGCAAACGCAGCCGCGUAACUAUACAGACAGGUUAGAAGCGGGGCGAGCGCUGCACUCGCUGCCGCCCGUGCGACGACAUCCCACGCGACACCACGAUGCACCUGACGCCGCCGCGCCGCCCGCGCCCGCUCCUGUGCCCGCCGUCGCCGUCGCUGCGCAAACGCAACUAUACAGCGUGUUCAACCGCCGCCCGCUCGGUGGAAGCGCCGCCCGCGCCGCCGGCCCGCUCGGCGCGCCGCUCGCCGCGCCGGUCGACGCGGUGGCGGGCGCGGGCAGCCUGCGGCGCCGCAACUCUGACCCCGCGCCCUGCGAGCCAAGGGCGCCCGACCCGCGGUCCACAGACUACAUUGGCCAGACGGGGAACGGGCUGUUUCGGAUCGCGGGACACAGGUUUCGCAAAGGCACCCGCUUCGCGAAGGACGACAAAUGCGUGUACUGUCACAAGCCCAUCGACGCUUUCAUCACGCAAGGGCAGCGCUGCAUCGACUGCAAGCAGCUUUACCACACGAAAUGCAUCCAGAACAAGGGCGUGAUCACCAUGCCCUGCUCCAGUCCCGUCACAGUCGCGUCACGCGGCCGCCACAAGAACAGAAAACGGAUCAUGCUCAAGGAUGCCAACUAUUUAUUAACCGACCAAUCGAAAGGCUCGGUCAGUUCCAACUUCAAUCUAACCGGCACAUCGGAGUUUAUGGACCGAACUGACAAGAUAAUAUCGGACGCGACUGAGCUACAAGCGAUGCAGCAUUUCAUCACAAAGAAGAUCUACCAGAUGGAAUCUUCGGAAAACGAAAAACAGUCUGAGGUCGACAGGGUAUUCAAGCACGCGCUACGGGAGUUUAAAGACAAUUUAGUAGCCACAUACAGCGUGGUAGAAACCCGUGGUUCUGCUCUCAAGUACAAAGACCUGAUCGGCAACUUCCUUCACGUGAUGGAGACGGUGUGUGCUCGCGAGGGCUCCACGUUGUCCAUUACGAUGGGAGUCAACGCCUUCCGAGGGUUCAUGGACGAGUUUAUGAGCCAGCAUGAAACGGAUAAAGCUAGGACGAAGAGGAAAAAGGAUAAGAAGAGAAAGGUGGACGACCCCAUCCAAUACAAAGGGCACACGUUCAUUCUGUCCAUGAUCAACAUCCCAACAGAGUGUGAAAUCUGCAAGACGUUCUUUAUGUGGCCCAUCGAGAGAUCGCUCAUUUGCCAGUCCUGUAAACUGGCGUCGCAUAAGAAGUGUUAUAUGAAGGUGACAACAUUAUGUAGAAAAGACUCUGUAAAUAGAUCUGCAGCAAUCGUGGGAGUGGUUGAUGCAGGUGGUAGGGAACAAUUCGGUGUCGUCAAAAGAGGAAAGGUAUUUGGCGUGCCGCUAAGCGAGCUUCCGACGGGCGAUAGUAAUAUUCCAAUUGUAGUAGACCGACUAAUAACAACAAUAGAAAUGACUGGGCUUUACACGGAAGGAUUGUAUAGAAAAAGUGGGCUUAGUUCGAAGGUGCGCGAACUUCGGCGGUUACUCGACGAGCGGCCGGCGGAAGGCGCCGAGCGACUUGAACUGUAUGCCGUGCACGUGCGAGCGUCCGUUCUUAAAGGAUUCUUCCGCGACCUGCCCGAGCCGCUGCUCACCUUUGACCUCUACGACGACUUCAUUCGCGCCGCAGAGAUCACCGACCCGCAGGAAAGGGUAUCAAGCAUAUUUACAAUACUCAAAAAGUUGCCAAAACCAAACUUCGAUCUAGUGGAGAGGCUAAUCUUCCACCUGGCGAGGGUGGCGUUAGGGGAGGAUCACAAUAGGAUGGGCCCGAACGCGCUGGCGAUCGUGUUCGCGCCGUGCAUACUUCGAACACAUAAGGUGCAGCCGGCGCAGGACUCGCUGCACGACAUCGCGCGCCAGACCGCCUGCCUCGAGGCCAUCCUGCAGGACAAGCUGCGCACUGUCCGCGGCACGCUACAAGACAUCGCGACCCUAGAGUCGGCGUGCCUGACGGCCAACGACCGGCUGUCGUCGCUGCGCUCGGCCUCGCGCGCGCCGCGGCCCGAGGAGCACAUCCUGGUGGGCCACAUCCACGAGAUACAGAAGGAGAAGGCCAUACUCACCUCCAACCUGCCCACGCUUAUCAGGGCGACGUCAGACGACGACCUGCUGUCGACCACGGACCACGACGGCGAGUUUGGUUCCAGCGACGACCUCAGCGCCGGCGCACUCCGCUCGCAGCGCCUUCUACACCGCCAGCUGUCCACCGACGACCCCAUCAUGGUCUGACAUCUACCACCAAACGAACCACAUACGGAACGAUCCUCAUAAAAAACCUAUUUAUUUCCUGUAAGUAAGCUCUCAUACAGAAUUUUUACACGUGCUAAAAAGCGUGCGAGCCAGUGCUAAAAAGAAGCAACGCGUCAGAAUUUACGUUGUGCCAGGUACCCACAGACGACCCCAUCAUAGUCUGACACACGUACCACUAAAGUAAUGAACGACCCCUUCAAGUACCAGCGUACAACUAUAUUAGAAAUCAAAUGUUAUCGCGGUCUCCACAAGUUGAGAAAAAAACACACCCAAAACAAAAAUGAUCCCACUUUGCGCCAGGUCUCCACCGAAUAACCCUAUCAUUAGAACCAACCGUUAGUUUUGUAUAACGUGUAUCUAUGCGCCUUUACACAUUUUUUUAAAUUGUAUUUGAAGAGUUGAAGACACCACCUACUUUCUGCAAUAUCACAUCGUAUUGUCGUGUGACGUCAAAUCGAGUUGAACAUGACAAAUGGUGCUUGCAUGUGACGUCUCAUAGAUUUAACCAAUCAUGACCGAUUUCAAUCGCAUUGCGCCAACUUAAAUAUUGGUGAAGAUAUACAAAUGUCAGGUUAUUUAAAUUACCGGUUAAGAAUCUCCCAAGAAAUAAGAGCGUGAUUAUCAUCACAUAAAAAUUGUUGUAAUGUACAAAUUACAAUAACGACUAAAUAAUGAAUGAGGAACACCAUAGAAUCAAUGCUGGCAUCGCUCGACUAUAAGCUACGUUACUGAAUGUUCUCACAUUCAAUUAAUAACGGCGACACUUGCCCUACAGCAGUUCUGUUUCAAGGUUCUCUCAACGAUGUGUGCGCUUAUGAAGUAACAAGUUAAUCAAACAGCGUGCCAAUACUUGUUAUAUAGCAUUCAUGCACACGCAGAGCUUACUACACGUUACGAUGAGACUUAUAAAAUCAAACGUAUGACAAAUGUAUCCGUACGUAUACGCUUAAGUUUAUUGUUCUUGUCGUUUGUUUACGGGGCUCUGUUACGCAUACAUAUCUAUAAAAACAACGAAAAACAUUUUGUCGAAACUAUCUUUACGCUUCAGAGGGAACUGCGUGUGCAUGUUGAUGACCUAAGGCAGGCAGCAGGCGCCAUAAAGGUAUUUUUCGUGUAAGAUUAAUUCAGAUGAGAUUAUUUUAGUUAUAACGAAAGGGGGCAAUAAAUGUAUCUUGUAUACAUAAGUUCAAAUCUUACGAUUGAAUACGGCCUCCCGAGGCUUAUAAAAAUCCCUAAAAUUAAAAUAAGAUACAUAGUAAGAUAAAUAAAUCUUAGCUAAAAUCUGUUGUAAUAACAAACUUUUAGACAACUGAGUGUAUUUCACAUUCAUGCCACUAGGAAUAGAAGUUUAUAUACGUAAUUCGAUACUUUUAAAAAGUGAUUCUGUUUCCAUAUAGUUGUUUGUUAUAAUUGUUAGUUUUCUGAUAUUCGAAUGUUUGUUAUUGCAUUAAGAGACUCAUAUUAUUGAUGUUGUGGAGUCUUCUUGCCAUUAUUGUGCUGUCAACUACAACCCCAAACGUAUUGUUGAUAAUAUUAAAUCGAGUGCCGGAGUCAAGUUAGUACUACACGUGUGUCUGAUAAAGGCGUAGUGUGACUUGUGUUGAGAUUAUGAAUGCAGUAAAGUGUGAAAUCGUACUUAAUGAGUUAUACGAGCUUAUGCUAAGAGUACGCUUUCAGAAGCCACUGCAUGCGAUUAUAAACGUUAACGAGAAAAUCAUAUUUUCUUAUGUGAAUUAUAUUCAUCUUUGCACUGAUAUUAUAUUUUAUGAUAUAUUUUCCGUGUAAAUAUGUAAAUCUUGUGUAAUUGUGAUUUAUAUAAAAAUAGCAAUAUUGUUUCUUUAAGGUUUAUCCUAAGUUAUAUGUGUUCGAUAAAGCCUUUUGUUCAAGAUUGUAUUAUUGUGAUGAUUUGUAACUAUGUGGUAGUGAUACGGAGUUUAAAAAUACCGCUGUCGUUUGUUGUUGAGAAGUAGUCUAUUCCAGUUGCAUUUUUCCGUGAUCCGUAAAACCUAAGUAGGAUGCUAAGGCCCAGAACAGACGGUGAAACGCAACUGCAACGAAACUGCAACUUUCUGAUGAAUGAAACUGAAAGUUUCAAACUGGUCGCGUCAUGUGUGGUCUCUCAACGGACGCUAUGGCAGAAACUUAGAUGCAACUCAAAAGUAACUAGCAGUUGCAGUUUCGUUGCAGUUGCGUUUCACCGUCUGUUCUGGGCCUAAGGAUUCUGAAUAUCUUGAGUUACAAAAUUAAGUUUUCAAAUUGUUUUAAUAAAGAAUCCAUUCCAUUAAAUAAGUAAAAGCAACUGAAGCAAUCUAUUUGGAUUGGACAUCUUCGGCAUAGUUACGUAACUAUUAUAUCAGCAGGUCUUCAAGUUUACCUAUUCUUUAAGUUCCAUUUAAAAGUAGUUCAUUAAGUUUUAAUCAUUAACAUAAUUUUAAAAUGUUACAUUAGGACAAACGGCAUUCAUAUUACCAUGACAUGUUAGCUUCACACCGGUUGCCAUACAUUUUUAAACAACUAUGUAGCAAAAAUAUACAACCUUUGUACCUAUACAUAUUGAUAAAUCAGGAGUAACUUUUAGCUUGCUUUUAUCAUUUUAUCUGCUUUAUAUUCAAAAAGACUGUCUACUGAUAAGCUAUUGAUUUUAAUGUUAUAAGUCACAAAUAUUUUAACCACAUUCUAUGCUUAGUUUUUAACUACUAAUUAUCCAGACAACGAUUGUUCUGUGACAUCUUUUAUUUAUAUUUUAAGUCUAUGACUAUAGAUACUUUAGAUCAAUGAAUUUAAUUUUUAGUUAAUAUUCAUAACUAAGCCGAGUGAGACACCAUCUCUUGUGACCUAUUCGACAUGAAUCUCACCGGAAUACAAUUUAUAGAUAAUUAUACAACAUUUUCAACAAGAUUCGUCAUACAUUCGACACCAAAAGGGACACUAUAAACCGUGAUAGUAGUAGGAAUAAACUGGCUUUUAAACGAUAGUUCAGUGCAGUUUAUUUUUGAUAAACAAAACAUUUCUUAAUCAAUAUAAGCUAAAAAGAUAGCGAGAUUAGCUAGAUAGUAUGUUGAGCAAUGUUUUGACAUAUUAACGAGUGUUUAAUAUUAGUAACUUCUCUAUUAGUGGGGUUGUGUCGCAGUAAUUUACUGUAUUUUCUGUGCCUUCGACUAGUUUGCUUUUAGCAGGCCAUGUCUACUGAGUGUUUAGCUGAUGAUGUGGUUUUCAUACUUUAAUCUUUUAGUACCUUUGACAUACUUUAAAGUACUGUUAAACUAUAUUUACCUACUUGUUUAAUGCUUUUGGCGUUUAUAGUUGUAGUGACAUAUUAAGAAUUUAAUACAGGUAUAUUAGCGUUGUUUCAGUGCCCCAUUUUAACACAAUAUAUACUCAAGGUAUUGAUGUAGGCUACUUUGUAAAAAAUGAAUGUGCAAUGUGUCUAUAUGUAGAAAUUAACGACACUAGAAGUGUAUGUAGAUAAAUGGCAAGUUCCGUUUAAGGAUUUUGUAAAUAUUAUCUUUAGUUAGUAUUUUAGUCAGGUACUAUUUUAAUUUUAAUAAUGGUUAACAUCUCCUAAAUUUUAGUUAUCAAAAAGUGCCUGUCAAAACUGUAAUUUUAUGAUUUGUGAUUGAUUUAUUCCCAACUGGUGCCUAUCUAAAACAAUUUUACUGUGUAUUUAUUAUAAACUAUUGUUAAUUUUAUCUUGGUUACAUAUUACAUUUGUUGGUCUUAGAAAUGUUUAAAGCUUAACUUUUCUGUUCCAUAGGCCUGUUAGAUCUUAUUAAACCCUAACAAAAUAUAAAAUUUUCUGCAAAUAAUUUUAGAUAUCUUUUCAUAUGUAAUUUACAAAUUGUUAAUUAUUGUAAGACAUUCUUGCUAUACAAAAUUUAGAAUAGUGCUGAUGCGGAUUUUUUACAUGAUAUUAUUUGAUAUUUCUACAGUUUAGAUAUGGUUGCUUGCUGUGAAUACUGAAUCUAUAGGUGUAUUUGCUAAGGACCAAUACCUGCGCUCUUUACAAGUUGUCAUUUUAUAUUCCUGUAUGUUAAUUGACUGUGAAGUUUCCUAAAUAUAUGUUAAUCAUUAAUGGAUCUUGUAAAAUAUAAUGUGUAUAUUGUUCAACUUAUUUUUAGGGUUCUUGUAAUGUGUCAAGAUUGAAAUGUAACCAAAACAUUACACCUGUAUACAAAUUAUAAAAAAAUUGCUGUGGAAAAUCA